CUUCGCUCCUCCACCACCCCCUUCACCUUGCCUCGAAUGUUGUCCAGCGAGGUCAACCUGCCCGGCCGGCCACAGUCCAACUUGGAACCGGCCGCAGCUGUGCCUGAAGUCAACGCCGCGAAUGUCCCCAAGCCUGCACGAUUCUUUGUUUUCGGGAGUAGGAAUGACGUUGACGUUGACACCAGCCAAGCAAAAAACAGCUGGAUCUUGCCGCGCGAUACCAAUACCUACGUUAUACAUGAACUAGGCGGAACGCUGCUCGCGACUACCGACGUGUUCAUCCUAUUCUGUCAGUCUACUACCGGGGAGCUGUAUGGGUCUGCCAGAGUGACAGGGUUCUGUGGCCCGGGAAGGUCCACUGCAAACGAAUCCACAGCACACAGAAGUCGCUACAAUCACUGUUUCUCAGCGUCCAAUGCAGUUUUCAAUGCUCGAGCCUUGACGGCACCAGUCUCUAUCGGCACAAACAUCCAACCUUCAAGUGCCGGUGUUUCGCAUGCACCGGAGUUGCGGAUGGAUGCUAGACCUAGCCCAGUAGCACUAGAGAGCUACCAGCCCAGUUCCUUCCUGAAUGCCAGCUUCGGCGCUCAGCCAUAUGUCAGUGAAGAUUGCGUCGGACCUUUGAGACGCGCCCAUAGUCCGACAGAUCGCAUCGAGGAACCAUUGUGGACGACUACUAGCAGAAGCACCACGGUCAGCCUCGAGUUUGAAUGGGUUACCAAGCAGCAAAUGCCGUUUCACGAAACACACCGCCUGUGCAGCCCGCGGGCGCAAACCCUUCUUUGGCUCUGCCUGCAGCAAUCCGAGCACGGGACUGAACUCGGGGCCGCCAUCGGCGCGGCGUUGCUCGACAUAUGGCACCAGUAUAUAGAAGAAACGAGCAAGGCCGCGCCGGAUCAGUUUCUGAGCGGGAAUACCUGGGCCAUGCGGGUGCUCCACAUCCCUGUAGACGCAACUCUCACCGAGCUUCAACGGCUUUUCAUGCCGCCGUCAUUUCCCGGUGCAAGCGGCAUUGGCAACUUGAACGCCAUAUCCAUCUCUUUCCUGCCUGCUGCAGCACCCAUAUACUGGAAUACUGGCUCUGCGCUUGUGCAUUACAGCUCCCAGUUUGCGAUGCAAACAGCCUGCGAGCAAUUCAACGGCUCUCGCUUGCGUCCGGGAGACUCGUUCUGUCCGCUGCUUUCAUGCUUGCCAGAUCAUCCAGUAGUAUAA